AUGGUCAAAGUACGAUAUAGGUCUCGUGCCAAUAGGAUAUAUGGUGAAGAGAUUGCAAAGAAAACCGAGAAGAGGUCGAAGAAAGGAUGCUUAACUUGCCGUCAAAGAAGGAAGAAAUGCGAUGAGGUAAAACCUCGAUGUACAGGUUGUGCUAGAAAUUUUCUGGCAUGUCGUUGGCCUGUUGAGAGUGGUGUGGAGCGUACGAGUGACGAUGGUGAAUCGCUUGGUGCGAAUGAUUUGACUUUUGUCCGUGUUUUCGAUGAUGAGAUACAAAUGUCGAAACGAUCAGUAACAAUGAUGGAUACGUCGACAAGUCAGUGUGAAAGCAUUUGCGGAAAACUUAAAGAUUCUGCACAGUUCGUGGAGCCUGAAACUAAGGAACACAAUCCGGAGCCGAUUAAAGAACCUCUGGACCUGCAAAUCGAGCCGUACCGGUUUUUGGAAGGUGGUCUUCUUGCGGAUAUCACUUUUACAAGGAGGGACACUCCCGACGUGCCGACGACGCAGGAACAGUCUGCUCUGGACCCAAAAGAAGUGUUUCGGUCGAAUUACAGUUUCUUGGACGAUGUCAAGAACUCUGCGACGCUUCGGUACCAAGGAAUCAUCGAAAAACUGGAAUCCGGCGGGGCGCUGGAUUCGAGCAUGGACCAAAACGACGAGGCGUUUUUAUUCUACGUGUGCAUUAGAAAGUUCAUCCCGAAGCUGGGCCCGCAAGAUACGCACCCGCUGCUGACAACAUGUGCAACGUUCAUCCCGCAGGUCGAAAACAACGCCAUCAUGAAGGAAGUGUUUUUAUGCUGCGGCGCCACGUAUUUGGAAUGGUUCGACAGGCCGCGGUACUCGACGCUCUCGAAGGAGCUGUACGACAAUUGCCAGAUGCUGAUAGACAAGUACUUGAGCGAGAAUGCGCUGCGAGGAGUGGAAUUGUGGCUUCUAGCGUCGUUCCAGCUGAUGUGCUUGCGCAACAAAAGCACGUUUCUGGGCUGCGUCGACGAAUGCGUCAAGUGUCUGUCUCGGUCGUACGUGAUCAUCAAGAACACCUAUUUUGAGAGCCAGAAACGCCGCUCGAGUGCCGCGAUCAUGUUCCAGAAUCUGGUGUACACGAUUGAGAACGAAUUCAUGGGCGACCCGGCGCAGGACCGGUUGAAACGCGAGUUGGUGCUACAGCCGCACGAAAGAAUGUACAUCGAGAGCUUCAUCUACAACUACUCGGUCGCGAUUCUGUUUGCGACGGACGUCUCGCGGCUGCCGAGCCCGUUCGAUAUCUUCAAAGAGCUGAGUCACGUGCUCAAGUGUCCCCUGUACCACUGCGAGUUCGAGUGGAUGAACAACCCGGUUUUGGGCUCUGCGCUCGACGCGUUCGAGAUCCUCGCAAAGGCCUCGUACAUAGCGCGCAUGCCGAUGCCGCUGCAGCCGGGGUCCGUUUGGAUGCAGCGGGCGCGGCAGCUGCGAACCACGUGCCUGUUCUACACGAACCCGGUUCUGCCGCCGCAGGCGGCCCGGUCGAGCGCGCAGAAGCUGGAGACCGCGAAACUGAACUCGCUGGUGGCCAAGAUCGUCACCAAAUCGACCUACUUGCUGGUGUCCAAGGUGAUAGACUACGAAAAGCUCGAGGCACGUGACCCCGCCGUCCACGACACCCUGCGCGAGAUCUUGGCCGCGUUUGCGCAGAUCCCGCUGACCAGCAGCAUCUGGGGCAUUUUGCCGUGGUCGCUCGUCGUGGCGGGCUGUUUCGCGACUACGAUCGCGGACCGGGCCGCGGUGCUACGCUACACCGUGAACUUCGGCGAGAGCUUCCACAACCAGAGCUUCAUCAAGAUGCGCCGGUUCUUGGAGCGCGUGUGGGGCGACGAAGAGCAGAAUUGCCUGCAGUUGCUGUUCGAUCGGCGGGAACUGUCGCAGGUGGUGCCGUAG